UUUGCUGUACAGGAACAGAUCUCAGCCCAUGGGCCAUGAGGCAUUAGAAGGCAUUUUGUUAAUGUUUCCAGAUUAAAUGCAUGCCCAAUUAAAUUAAUGCAUUUUAUUACCCCUGCAAGUAAACAAAACAGCAACAAAAAAAAUUGACUUCAAAAUAAAACAAAGAAAAUAGAAGUAAUAAAUGGACGUUGAAGCCUUGGACUGGUUUGUGUUUGCUGGUGUCUAAACUCCCCGUUUCCCAGCACUUCACAGAGAUGGAGAAGCACUGCUGUAGAAAGAAGCACGUUGCCAUGGCCCAGAUCAGGGUUGGAAAAAGGCCUGUGUGUUCUGGAGGAAGCAGGGAGAGCAAGGGAACGCUGGGACUUACAGGUGUGCUGGCAAAACAUCCUGAACAAAUGCUGCACUUCCUUCUCCUUUUACUUCUUCCUCUCUGCCUUGGGUGUGUGUGGCUGGUAUCCAGAGGAAAAGCCAAACUAAUUCUGAUGCUUUUUCCUAUUCUGGGUGGACUAAGUCAGAGAAGCACUUGCAGAAGCGUUUGUGAAAGGGUUACAAUAUAUGUUGAUACCUUAGGAUCUAUAGGAAGUUCUUAAUCCUUCCCUGCCUACAGGACUGCCAUUUAUAGACCUGCUAUUGUCUCAUCUUUUAUAAGGAUGUUUCCUCACAUUAAGGUUCCAAGAGCAACCAGACUUUGCCAUUGUUCACAGCUAUUUCUGUUUGUGGCUUAAUGCACAUCUAGUAUUCUGUUUAUGCUUUCACUGCUCUCCUACGCAGCAGACUGUACCUACACCCCUGCUUAGGUGACAUCACUCUCAAAACACUCAUUUCUGUGUUUCUUCUUUUUUCCCCAUGAUUUGUCAGUGCAUCUUGAUUUUGCAUUAACCUAGUUUACUACAGGUAACAUGAUAAAGCACAUGGAACUUUAUGCAUUUGUUUAGUAAUUUCAUGUUCAGUUCUUAUUUGAUAAAUUUGCCUAUAAAAAAGCUUUUAUAUGCUGUUUUUCUACCAGGUUGAAUCCUUUUUAUAAAAAAAACCACCCAAAACCUCUUACUAUAUAACAAGAAUGAAUUCAGCCAUGAGCAGACGAAAUGGAAGCAUAGAUUAUUUUGGAUGUAAAAAAUUUAGCUUGAGGUUACUGGUCGUUUAAUUACAGGAUUUUUUUUGUUGCUAUUCAUACAGACGUGCAUUGUUUUGUGCUUUGAUUUA